AUGUCCAUCAAGCGUGCUUUGUCCAAGCUGACGCCGAGCAAUAAGCACGAUGACAGUAGCAGUGGCGGCAGCCCGCGAUCGCCCAUCUCGUCGCCCCGUCGCAGCAUUGUCGGCUUUCUACGGGACAAGGACUACAUUUCCUCAUCAGACGAUGUGUCCGAUGACUCGAGUUCCGGCGUCAGCAAGAACCAGCAGAAGCGCCUGGUGCGACAGCAGCGCCGCCAGGCCAGAUCCCGUCUCAGUGAGGAGCAGCGCUCCGAAUCAGAGCAUCGUCGCCGCGAGCGCGAAGAAGAAGCGGCGCGCCAAGAGACUCCAGAGAUGAAGGCACGGUACGGUGAUCUGCCGCUUCUGCAGUCAAAGGAGCGCCCACGGGAGGCACGAUUUCCGCUGGACAAGGUCUCCAAGGACAUUGUGGGCCAGCAGAUCCUGUUCACUGCGCGGUUGCAUAUCGUUCGCCGCAUGAGCGCGAAGCUCGUCUUCCUUGUCUUCCGUCAUCAGCUCACCACCUUCCAAGGCGUCCUCCAUGAGAAACCCGGUGUUGCAUCAGUCAACAUGGUCCAGUGGGCGGAACAUCUGCGCACCGGAUGCAUUGUGCGCGUUCGGGGUACCGUUCGGGCCCCGGAGGUGCCCGUCUUGGGAUGUACUAUCCACGAUGUCGAGCUCGAGAUCGAGCAGCUGCAUGUCAUUGUCCGUCGUGAGGAGACCGUUCCCUUCAGCGUCUACGAGGCCGAAGUCCGCACAGAGGAGGAAGACCGCGUCGAGGGCCGCCACAGUCACAUCCCUGAUCGAACCCGUCUGGCGAAUCGCAUUCUGGAUCUGCGCACACCAACGUCGCAGAGUAUAUUCCGCAUCCAGUCUGGUAUCUCUCAACUCUUCCGGGAGGCUCUCAAUGACCGGGACUUCAUUGAGAUCCAUACUCCCAAGCUACAGGGCUCGGCCACCGAGUCCGGUGCUUCUGUCUUCCAGCUGAACUACUUUGGCCGCCCAGCCUUCCUGGCUCAGAGUCCUCAACUGGCCAAGCAGAUGGCUAUCGCAUCCGACUUUGGUCGCGUCUACGAGAUUGGCGCCGUCUUCCGUGCCGAGAAUUCCAACACCCAUCGCCAUCUGACGGAGUAUACCGGUCUGGAUAUCGAGAUGGCCAUUGACGAACACUACCAUGAGAUGCUUGAGACCAUUGACGCCACCAUCAAGCAUAUCUUCAAGGGUCUGUAUACGAAAUACCGCCGCGAGGUUGAUGUGGUCAAGCAUCAGUUCCCCUCCGAAGACCUGGUCUGGCUGGACGAGACCCCUGUGAUCCGCUUUGCGGAUGCUAUUCGCAUGCUCAAUGACUCCGGGUGGCGCACUGAGGACGGCCAGCCGUUGCCGGAUGACGAGGAUCUGUCGACCCGGGACGAGAUCCAUCUGGGAGAGCUAGUCAAGGAGAAGUACCACACCGACUACUAUAUUCUCGACAAGUUCCCUGUCGGCGCGCGUCCUUUCUAUACUAUGCCCGACCCAGAGGAUCCCCGUUUCACCAACUCGUUCGAUAUCUUCGUGCGUGGUCAGGAAAUUGUGUCUGGUGGUCAGCGUAUUCACGAUCCCAAAAUGCUCGAGGAGAACAUCACCAAGGCUGGCAUCCGCCCCGAGGACAUGGAGGACUAUCUCGAGGGAUUCCGCUGGGGCGCGCCUCCACACGCUGGUGCUGGGAUUGGUUUGGAGCGGAUGCUGAUGCUGAUUCUCAAGAUUGGCAACAUCCGUCUGGCCUCGCUCUUCCACCGCGACCCCAAGAGCUUCCCUCCCAAGCCGCCGAUUCUCCAGCUGCGGCACCCUGAAUCGUCCACCUUGGAGCCAGCCUGGCAGAAAGAGCACAAGGCGGCCAAAGCUACCGACGAUAACCAGCUACAGCCGCUAGAGCACCUCAUCGCUAACUAUGGUGAUGCCACGUCCACCUCGUGGGGCGACGAGCGUUACAAGAUCUGGCGGGACUACGUGACCGGUGCCGCCGUUUCCUAUAUCCCGAUGCACGGCUAUGCUAUCAUUCCGGGUAAUCCGCUCUGUGAUCCCAGCCAGUAUGGUCGUGUUAUCAACGCGUUCCUGGGUUGGCUCCGUCGCGAGACGAAGCUCAAACCCAUCUGGCUUCUCAUCUCUCCCCAAGUCGAAGAUUUCCUCGGGGAAAAGCUCGGCUGGCGCACCUUGUCCUGUAUCGCGGAGGAGCGGGUUGAUCCCGCUCGCAACCUGGCGGCAUCAGACGGUGAGAUCUCCCGCAAGAUCCGCCACGCAGAGAACGAAGGUGUCAAGAUCACAACGCUGCCCCAGGGCGAGAUGGUGUCAGAGGAGGUACGCAAGAAGAUCGACAAGCGCAUUCAGGACUGGUUGGCCAACCGCAAGGGCACUCAGAUCCAUCUUUCUGAGAUCCAGCCCUGGCGCGACUCGGAGCAUCGCUGGUACUUCUAUGCCACAGAUAAGGAGGGAAAUAUCUGCUCCUUCGUGGCCCUGGUGCAGCUAGCGCCCCAGAGCGGUAUGCAGGUCAAGUACAGUUUCGACUUCCCCGGGGCGCCCAACGGAACCAUCGAGUACAUCGUGACUCAUGCCAUCCAGACGGCGGCCCAGGCAGGCGUCAAGUCGCUCACCUUCGGUGCUGGUGCCACGGCCGACCUUCGACCUGGUCACCACAUGAGCGGAGCAAAGGUCAAGGUGCUGCAGCACACCUAUGAGGCUGUUGUGCGCCAGUUCCACCUGACUCGCAAGAGUGAGUUCCGUUUGAAGCUGGGUGCGCACGAAGAGCCACUGAUAUUCUCCGAACGUCCGGUCAAAAUCAUUGUCGGGGGAGAUGCAAAAGACUACUACGUACAUCCAGGUGUCUUAAGGCUCCAUGGUUCGUCCGCCUUGAACACUCGACUGAAAGAAUCUUGGAGCAAUGGCGAGACCACACUUGAUUGGACCGAUUGCGAUGAGCAAACCGUCGCAUGCGUUCUGAGUUACCUCUACACUCAGGAUUAUUAUGUAACUCCACAGUCGACUGCUGAGGAUGAGUUACCGUCUGAACAAGGUUAUAUCGACAUUCGCAAAGGCGUCAGCGAACAGGUAGAUAUAAAGUCUACCGUUGCUGAAUGUUCAGAGACCGAUGAACCUGUUCCUGAUCGGCCUCUAACUCCCUUGAGCCGAUGUAUCAAAGCCGGAUUACCCGCAGAAAGUGUCAAAACCGCUGCGGGUACUGUGCGCAAAACGGCCCAGGAUCCCGAUGUUGGCAUAGGAGCUGCAAUCCUUAUUCACGCAAAGGUUUACUCUUUCGCGCAUCGCUUUCUGCUCCCGCAACUUGAGCAGCUAGCCUUACAGCGCCUUACGCAAGUUCUCAUUCUUCUCGACGAGUCCGAAACACGAUCUCUAUUCUCGUACCUUGCGGAUGCCGUCCAUAUCAUAUACGACGCAACGCCGAGCGCCAAGGUACAGCAAAACCCGGCCAGGAAAUUGCUAUCGCAAUUUGUCGCCCUGAGAUUCACCGCGCUUGCGGGAGAGAGUCUCGACAUGCUCAUGGCAGAAGGCGGAGACUUCGCAGUGGAUGUAACGAGGAAGUUGACUCGGCGGCUUAUGGCAAACAGUGAUAGCACACACUCCUUGGCUGCAGAAAUCGAUCAGCUUCACCUUUUGAUCGAAAGGCUAGAAAUAUCAAACCAGGAAUUGGAAAGCAAGGUCCGGAAAGCCGAGAAAGAGAUAACUGAGUGGGACAGCUUGAGUCGCGGCGUUCACCAGACGAGCGCGAAAAAGAGGAGAGUAACUCUAGCUGCACCACCUAAUGGUCUUCAUAACGGUGAUAACGGAGACCUAAAGUUUCCGUUGCCUGGAAGAGACUACAUGUAA